AUGAUGAUCUGGGUCUAUUCAGGGCCUGGCUCUGAUCCGGACGGAGGCGCAUGCCUCGCGUCCCGCACACCGUGGGAGAACGCUCGAGAAACCAGUGUGUUUGCCGGAGGUCCCGCCGCCGGUGAACCGGGCUCGGCCCGCCCCGCCUACGACGAGGUGGCGGCGGCCUGCUGGACGGGCCAGAGCGGGGGGCUCCGUCCAGGCAGCGCUUUACAUGAUGCAGAAGCUUUGGAGAGUGGAGACUCUGACAUUGGCUUCUGUGGAUGGCUCUUGGUGGGGAUGUCUCUUCUUCUCAUGGUGGUCACACUGCCUCUCUCCAUAUGGAUGUGCAUCAAGAUUGUGAAGGAAUAUGAGCGAGCUAUUAUUUUCCGCCUGGGACGUCUUCUGCGAGGAGGAGCCAAAGGACCAGGUUUGUUCUUCAUCUUGCCGUGCACUGACAGCUUUAUUAACGUGGACAUGCGAACCAUCACCUUCGACAUCCCACCACAAGAGGUUCUGACAAAAGACUCCGUGACAGUGAGUGUGGAUGGCGUAGUGUACUACCGGGUUCAGAAUGCUACUCUGGCCGUGGCCAACAUAACUAACGCUGAUGCCGCGACACGCCUGUUGGCCCAGACCACACUGAGGAAUGUCCUCGGUACUAAGAACCUGGCGGAGAUCCUUUCGGACCGUGAAGAAAUUGCACACAGCAUGCAGUCCACUCUGGAUGACGCUACUGAUGACUGGGGUAUCAAGGUGGAGCGAGUGGAAAUCAAAGAUGUCAAGCUGCCGCUGCAGCUCCAGAGGGCCAUGGCAGCCGAGGCUGAGGCCACUCGGGAGGCCCGAGCCAAGGUUAUUGCCGCAGAGGGCGAAAUGAACGCCUCGCGGGCGCUGAAGGAGGCGUCGCUGGUGAUUGCAGAAUCUCCGUCUGCCCUGCAGCUGCGCUACCUGCAGACCCUGAACACCAUCGCUGCUGAGAAGAACUCCACCAUAAUUUUCCCUCUGCCUCUGGAGAUGAUGCAGGGCUUUAAUAAACACUAG